AUGCGGUGACGCGCACAGCGCUGCGGGACGGAGGAUGAGCGCAGCACCGGCGCGAGGAUGAGGAGGAGGAUGAGGAUGGAUUAUAACUGAUGAAGAGAGAAGCGAAAUAAUGGGCUGUCCAUCACAGCAUGUGUGUUCGUGACAGCGGGACUGGUUUAUUCACCUCCCAUGUUUAUUAACGUGUGCUGAUGAAAUUCACCUGAUGCUGAGACGGAUCGUUUAAUGUUACUCAUAAGUGCACAAGAAACUGAGCUUCCACCAACUGAGCCCCAAGGAAAAACUCAUGGAAUUUUAAUAUUCAUUGCAAAAGAAUACAGAUAUAUACACCAAAUGCCAGGAGUAUUCUGAGUGGAUGGAUUUAACCUAUUUAUUUUAAUCUACACGCACUGCUGUGAGGUUACGAUGCGGAAAUGCCCUUUUGACGGUGAUUGCAGAAUGUUAUGUGUGAGCGGAGCGUUAACGGUAUGCCAAUGACAAGUUGACGGAACAUUGUUUUCAGUUAAGUUCAUUUUGUUUUAUUUUUUAUUAUCGACGAAAUAACGAUUAUGUUUUUGUUUAUAAGAAACGCCGUUUUUAUUCCUGACGCGACACCGCGACGCGUCGUUUAGUGUUUGCGCGUGCAGUUCCUCUGUCAGGGUGUCUAGUGUGCGUCCUUCUGGGGGUCAGUGUGUGUAGUGUGCGUCCUUCUGAGGGUUGAUGUUCUGCUGGCCGCUCGUGCUGCUGGUGAUGGGCUGUAUUCAGAGCAUCAGAUGCAAACCCAAGAGUUUCCGGGACAGCAUCAUGGUUCUGGAGGUGAACUCCUCUAUCGACUCGAACCCCACCAGCAUCGACGAGUCCUCUAGCGUGGUGCUGCGCUACCGCACGCCGCAUUUCCGCGCGUCCGCCCGGGUCCUGGUGCCGCCGGUGGCCGGAAAAGAGAGCUGGACGGUCGGCUGGAUCCAGGCGUGCAACCACAUGGAGUUCUACAACAAAUACGGAUCCAAAGGGAUGUCCAGCUGGGAGCUGCCUGAUCUCCAAGAUGGAAAAAUCCAAGCCAUCAGCGACUCAGAUGGCGUCAACUACCCCUGGUACGGCAACACCACUGAGACCUGCACCAUCGUGGGUCCCACUAAGAAGGACACCAAGUUCACCAUCAGCAUGAACGACAACUUCUACCCCAGCGUGACGUGGGGCGUCCCGGUGAGUGACAGCAAUGUGCCCAUGCUAAGCAGCAUCUGGAGGGACCAGAGUUUCACCACAUGGCUGGUGGCAAUGAACCAGGCGUCAGGCGAGAUCCUGGUGCUGCAGACAGUUCGCUGGCGCAUGCGUCUACACAUCGAGGUGGAUCCCGACAAGCCACUGGGACAGAGAGCCAAGUUGUGUGAACCCAUCGCUCAGGAGCAGCCACAGAUGCUGGGGAAGAAUGAAGCCAUCCCGCCCAACGCCAUGGUCAAACCCAACGCCAACGACGCUCAGGUGCUGAUGUGGCGGCCGUGGACAGGCGAGCCAUUGGUGGUCAUCCCUCCCAAACACUGAGACCAAAUCGGAUUGGGAAUCACUGUGCUAAACACCACUGCAAAAAGACAAAGUGGGAAUACUGCAUCUCUGACAGAUGGAAAGAGCGUCCGAUUCAUGCUGCCUUAAGUUUACAUUGCUUUCACUGCAAACUCUUCGCCUUAAACCAAAUGCAAUGCAGUAAACCUCGCACAUCCUACCUGUCCAUAGAUUUUUACUGGAUGUGUCCUAGUUAGUCAUCAUCUAAUGGGACUUCGAUGAGCGCCUUGCGCCCAACCAAACGAGGACACAGUCCUUAAGCAUUCAGUGUUUUCAGCACAAGCUAUAAUGUUUUAGUUUAAUGUCAACCAGCCACUUCCAGUGUGUUUUACAAGAGCCGAGAGUCCAAAAAUCUAUAUUUUCUACUGUGUCAGUCAGUGUCAAGACGUCAUGGCCAAUCGAUAGAGUUCUUACCAGCUAAGAUCGAUCAGUCUAUUCUGCUGGAGUCUGAAUGAGAUGUGCGUGGGGCGACAGGAGCGCUGAUCCUCAAAUCAAACACCUUCAGAAUGAAGGCACUGAAAAACCCUAGAAUGAGUGAAGCUCUUGUCCAGGCAACAAUUCUGCACAAGAACUAGACAUUGCUUUCAUGGCAGAACUGCAGUUAUGACCAUGAUGUAUGUCAAAGGUUUGAAAUAAUUCCGAUAUGAUUUUGUAAGGCUGCAUUUAUUUGAUCUAAAAUGCAGUGAAAACAUUGAAGGCAUUUAUAACAUUACCAAGGAUUCCUGUUUGAAAUAAAUGCUGAACUCUCUAUUCAUCAAAACGAAAAACAAAUCGUGUCACUGUUUCCACAGCACGUUUUCAUCAUUGAUAAUAAUUAGAUUUUUUUUCUUUAGCAGCAAAUCAGCAUAUUAGAAUGAUUUCUGAAGGACCAUGUAACAUUAAAGACUGGAGUAAUGAUGCUGAAAAUACAGUUUUGAUUAGAGCAAUAAAUAACAUUUUACAAUAGAAUUCAUAUAGAAAAAAAGUUUGUUUAAAUUGUAAUGUUUCACUCUUUUACAGUCUUUUUGAUCAAAUAACUGCAGCCUUGGUGAGUGAGAAGAAGAGACUUCUUUAAAAAACAUUGAUAAAUUGUGAACUUUUGACCCGUAGCAUGUAAAUACAUUUUUAUAAUAUUUUUUUUGCAUUGCAGUGUUGAGAAUUUGAGGUCAGAUUUGCUUAAAAUUCAUGCAAAUGACAAUUGAGCACAAUUUUUAUCCAUUUUGCAAAAGAUUAAACGCACUUCAGCGCUUCCUGAUGCCAUUUGUUAUUGAUCCUGUUGAAGGCCUUAUUAUACUGAGAUGUGAUUGUGUUGAUGGACAGAUGAGCAUUGAUUAUGUGAUUUAGUCCAGCUGCAGUCAAACUUUGACCAGCAUUUAUAUGCACAAAUGGAUCAAACGCCACAACAGACACUGAGCUUUAACAUCAAUCUUCCUCAGUGCACUGGUCAGUGGUGGACGUCUCAUACAAUCAAUUAAAAGACCGUCGUGUGUGUCAUUUCAUCAGAUGCUUUUGGAUGCUUUAGUUAGUCUCACAUGACACAAGUCUGCAUGUGUGUGUGUGUGUGUGUUUGGAUGCAUAUACACAAUGACUGAAGAAUUCGAUUUCUGAGACUUGUACUUCCAACACUUUUAUCCAUCAUCAGAUCCAUUCAUGCAUUAGUAAACACUUGUGCUCAUGGCAAGACUCCUCAUUCUCACAGGAUUCUGUUUGGCUUGAAAUACUGACUUUAUGAGACAAUAUGAAGACUGCAAAUCCACAAUAAAUCCUCCAAUCAUCUAGUUUUGAUAUGCAAUAGUAACACUGAGUUCCUCCAGCUCUGUUAGCCGUACCACAUGUUUAUACUGCAAGUGUGUGUGUGUGUGUGUGUGCGUGUGUGUGGCGUCAGACUUAUCUUUUUCCCUUUUCAAAGGAAUGAUGGGAUUUUUGGCCGUUUUUUAUAGUUUGACAAUAAUACUUGAAAAAACAGAAGUGGGAAACAUUUCAAACUGUGAAGAUGCACAUUUGUGAGAAGAACAAAACAUUCAAAGAGCGCUGAAUUUUUCAUGAAGAAUAAAACUGAAGUUCAA